AUGGAAAGGGUUUCUUCUACGACAAACCCAUAUUCGUCACACGAUUAUCUUGCUAUAUCCAGGGCACGAGCCUCAGCACCCAGUAUUAUAAUAUUUGAUGAAUUGGACUCAUUGGCACCUCAGCGAGGGAACGACUCUACUGGUGUGACAGAUCGUGUCGUUAACCAACUUCUUACCGAAAUGGAUGGCGCUGAGGGUCUUGAAGGUAUGCAGGAUCAAGAUUAUGCGCUUUGCUGUUAG